AUGACUUUACAAAGUGUCACAGUGGCCACGCCCAAACUCUUUGCCAACCGCUGUGCCACACUAACAGUCACGAGUCUGGAGUGCAACACAUCACAAGUUCAAGUUGGAAAAAUUCCACAACUUCAUCUCAAUGGCUUGCAGUGGAAACAAGAUCGUCUUCCUGUGAGAAUCGGCGGCCUCCUUCAAACUUCACACAAUGCGUCACUAAAAGAGACUCUCUUGGAGUUUCAGCAACCAAACCGGCUCCAUCAGAACCCCAUCAAGCAUUAUAGUUGGGACACCCCCAUAAUGGACUUCGAAGCCGCAAAGUUGUUUGAGGCCGCACGAACACCUCGCGAGUAUACUCGACGUGUAUUUGUUAGUGCUCCUUAUGCUGGGGAUUUUCUUUUGACGAUCCUCAGGUACAACAAGGCAAGUCAGGAGAGCGAGGAGGGAGGGGAGGACCACCAGAUCACCUGGGGACGACCCAACACCAACACGGCCUACUUCGACGACGACACCCCCACCAACGUCACGGCGGUGGUGGGCCAGAAGGCCACCCUUCCCUGCCAAGUCAUCAACCUCGACAAGCGAGAUGUAUCGUGGAUCAGGCAGCGGGACCUCCAUAUCUUGACGGUGGGAAUCUUUACUUACACCAGCGACGACCGCUUCAAGGUGUACCAUCCUGAAGAGAGCGACGAGUGGUUCCUGGAGAUCAAUCCGGUGACCUUCAGGGAUGCUGGCGUGUAUGAGUGUCAGGUUUCUACCAGUCCCAAGGUCUUCCUACCGGUCCUUCUCACGGUGGAAGUUCAGCAAGCAAAGAUCAACGGCCCCAAAGAGGUAUAUAUACAGAGCGGCUCGACCAUCAAGCUCACCUGCAUCGUCAACACCCACUCCGAGAACGUGGGAGCCGUCACUUGGUUCCGGGACAGCAACGAGCUCGACUACGACUCUCCCAGGGGUGGCGUCAGCAUAGAGAUCGAGAAGACCCCCACCAGAACCACUUCGAAGCUCUUCCUGACGAGGGCGAUGAAGGGGGACUCGGGCAACUACACGUGCGCUCCCCAGUUCGCCGACGCCGCCUCCGUGCUGGUUCACGUCGUCAACGGAGAGGAGUCUGCCGCUGUGCAUACUGCUGGGUCUGCUGCCCUAGUCAGCAGUUGGCUAGUGGUGACCAGCUGCCUCCUGCUGCUACUGAUGCAGGCUCGCCGCCCCAGCUGACCCCCUCGUCCGGGACGUGGAAUGGCAAGCGUGUCGGUGGCCCACUGAUCCGUGGUGCCUCUACCUGGACACUGCUAGACAGGAGUGUGACGGCGAAGCUGGAGGCGGCCUCCAUCACGGGACCUUGGGGGGGGGGUAUGUCUCCCCGCUCAACACCUCACACUCCUGUCUAGCUACCACCGCGCCUCUGUCAUCACCAGCAGCGGCAGCAGCAGCACCAGCAGGAGGGCCGCCAUCACAGAGACCAGCACCGGAGCCCAGGCGCUAUCACUCACCACCAUCAACGUCACCAUUGUGUGCCUUAUAACCCACUUUACCCCCUCACAACGCUUCCUCGUGAUAAUCUUCAUCUUCGCCACAAUGCUUCGCCACCUCAUUUGCACUCUCCGCUUCCCACGUCCACUCAUGUUUUUUUUCCCCCUUUAGUUGUUCCUUGCUGUUCACUCGAUCUUUCCCUGCUUGCUCACUUCAGUGUCCCUGGAAAGCACUCUGGCCUGUAAUUUAAGUUCCACCUUACUUAUUUAAACUUACGUUUUAAUACUUUUAAUUUCACUUUUCUGAUCUUCAGAGACAUGUGCUUUGGAGAAAUAUAAGACGAUAAUAUUUUUCCCCUCCAAAAAACUUAAUUUGUUUCACAAUCGAAAAAAAAGAAUAAUCACACUGAUUAACAAAUACGAGCGACUAUCUUUACAUAGUAUAAAAGAAUAUAUUAAUUUGUGACCCCUCAAAAAAAUACGCGUUGACUGAUGUUAUAGUCGUAAGUUUCAGAACAUAAGAUAAUGAAGUCUAUGUGACUCAGUUCUGCUUCUCCUGGAAUAUAUAUAUAUCCCAAAUGUGUAAGAGAGAGCUUGCGUACCUACAAGUGUGCAUUAGUCAGGACUUACACUUCAACAUAGUCUCAGUAUCACCAGACAUUACAUUCUGGCGAAUAUCUUGAAAUGGCUAAGAUACUCCUGUACUGUGUUGAGGUGACGCUGUACCGGAGGACCUCACAACAGCCACGAUAUAUUUGGUGUUGUGCAUUGUUUUAUAACAUGAAAUUGUCUCCUAAUUUUCAUUAACAAAUUUCCAUA